AUGGAAAGAAAAUCUAAGGAAAAGGGAAAAGUUGAAGUAGUGUGCUAUAAAUGCAAACAAAAGGGACACUAUGCUUCAGAGUGCAAAAACAAAAGGCUAAAGGAUGUUUCCUAUUAUGAGAAGAAGAUUGAAGAAGCCAAAAGACAACAACAGGUCAGCUUGAUUGCAGGAACAGACUCCUGGCAAACAGAUGAUUCUUCUGAUGAUGAUGAAGAAAAAAUGACAAACUUUUGUCUAAUGGCAAGAAUAUCUGAUGAAGAAGUUGAAUCUUCAGAAUGCAAGGUAAGCUCAAACAACCAAGAUUUGAAACAUCAUUUGAAGAAGCUUAUGAUAGAUUUCAAACUUCUACAAGAAAAACAGACUGCUGAAAACAGAAAAUCUGAUGAUUUGCAAAAGUUGUUAAAUGAAGCUAAAAACAAAAACAAGUCUCUACUUGAAGAAAACUUAACAAAAGAAGCUAAAAUAGAAUUUUAUGAGCAAGAAAGAAAAAGUCUAUACAAAAAAAUCAUGACAAUGAAAUCAAUAUAA